AUGACUGGAUUCUCAGAAACAAAAACUCGAACAAUCAAAAGCCGUAAAGUUUUCAAUCCACGUCUUCAGACUAUAGCUGUAAUCGUGAAUGUUUUAAGCAGAGAAAAAUCGAACAGAACCGGUCUAUAUGAAAAUACUUAUUUGGUUUUUCCCUUUUGUUCUGAAAAAGACAACCCGGCAGAAUUGGAAUUGUGCACGUCUAAAGUGUUGGAUUUGGGGGAAUGGAUUUGUAUUGACAAUGAUGAUAUGAUAACAGGAAAAAUUAAUUCGCAGACAUUUCGUCGACAUGAAGAAUGGUUUUUGACUAUGCCUUAUUUGGGGAAAGUGGCGAUGGAAUGUGACAUUAUUAUUCAUAAAGAUUUUUGGGUGGAUAAAAAUGCGAGGAUUCAUACAAAGCUUUACAAACCUUUUGUUGUUAACAAGAAAAAUUAUUUUAUUCAGGACAUUUUCGACGAAUUAAAUGUGUUAGAAAAAGAGCAUUUGGGUAGAAAAAUAUGUGCUACAAUUGAAUAUAAGUGUAGAAAGGAUGACGAGGAUAAUAUUGGGCAUUGGUACAUUACGUAUGUUAAAACCUACGGUUAUAAGCCUUUCUAUUAG